AAAUAUGGCCUCUUGAAAAGGUGAGCACACCCACACCACACCACACCACCAGUCCACCACUACACAACCAGCAACAGCAACAGCAACAGCAACAAGGUUCAACUUCAAUCCCUGCAACUGGCGGCGCAAUUCUCUUCUAUCUCUCUCUCAUCUCUCGCCGUAAAGUUUCUCUCUUUUUUAUUAAAUGGCACAUCACUUCAUUUUCUCUCUUUCAAAUCUCCUCUUAAUUCCUCCUUUUUUCUGAUUUUCUCUCUCCUCCACUUUCUCUCUUUCACACUUCUGUCUUCUUCACCCGCUUCUCUUCUUCAGGAUGUUGACUGAAGAUGAGGGUUUUGUGUCAUGGGAAGAACGGAUUAUUUCACAGGAACGAGGCAAUCGUGUAGUUCACUAUUUUAUAACUGACUCUUUUGGGAACUCGGUGCUCGCUGUUGAAGGCACUGAGAGGAGUGUAAGACACAUGACUUAUGUUGUUUCUGAGGGUUUUGUAAUGGACUAUGGAUCUUUUAGUAAUGUUAAUUUUGCCACCAAGUGGCGGUCUCGAAGAGAGGUCAUAGACUGGCUUACUAAGCUAGUCGCCAAGCAUCAGUCGCGGUUGGAAUCGUUAGCUUGUGGUCUUGUGAAGUCCGUUCAUGAUCGGAUACGUAGACCCAGUGGUUCUCUUAUCUCUCAUUCCCCUGUGAUGCUUCCUAGAAAGUUGAAGGCACAAAUUUCUAAUAUAUUGUGGAGUGGGGUGGGUUGGACUUGCUCCAAACAACUUAUGCAUUAUCCUUCCUUUAUUCGAGCAGGGAUUACUAUUUCUGUACAUUCCUUUGUGUUUAUCACGGCUGCAGAAGGAAAUAAUUACCUUGGUUACUUAGAAGACAUAUAUGAGGAUAAAAAGAGGCAAAAGAAGGUAAAAGUGCGUUGGUUUUAUCGUGACGAGGAAGUCAUUAAUUUAGAGUCUCAAAUGGAUGCGCACCCUAGAGAAGUAUUUAUUACACCUCAUGCCCAAGUGAUCAAUGCAGAGUGCAUUUAUGGACCUGCUGCUAUUUUAACUCCCAAACAUUAUGAGCAAUGUGUGACCAUUCUUCCGCAGUCUAUCUUGUGUAGGGUACAUCUAUGCUUCAGACAGUUCAAAAAUGAUCAGAUCAGGCCUUUCACUAUAAGCAAAUUGCAGGGUUAUCGUAAUCAAGCUGUUUUGUCUUGUAUAGAUCAUCUUCUUUACUCUGAAAGGAAAUCCAAGGGGAUUAAAUUUAGUGAGGAUCAACCGGGAAAUCCCUCCAUAAAGGAUGGUAUUAGACAAGGUUGUAAAAGAAAGAGACUUGAUGAGGGGAGAAUCAGAGAUGUCAAAGUAAGGAAUAGUGUAAGGCUGGGCAGUAAACAAAAUCUAUGUAGAGCUGAGACAAGUCCUUCGGCAUUAGGGGGUCGAAUAACAAAAUCUGCAUCAUCGUAUCCAAAGCUGAAAAUAAAGUUAGCUGGGAGAAUAUUGAAGAAUGGAAAAACCUUAGGAAGUAAUUAUGAGGCUCCGGCUUCAUUUAAGAUCAACGAUGAUAUAGAACUGCUUUGUCAAGAUAGUGGCAUCCGGGGAUGUUGGUUCAGAUGCAAGGUCAUUGAGAUCUCUAGGAAGCAAUUGAAAGUUCAGUAUGAUGAUUUGGAGGAUGCGGACGAUUCUGGAAAUUUGCAGGAGUGGGUUGCUUCAUGUAGAGUGGCAGCUCCUGAUAAAUUGGGUCUGAGAUGCUCUGGCCGUCUCACAACCCGUCCACGUCCACCAAAAGACCCUGGUGACUGCAUUCUUGAGGUCGGAGCAGCAGUGGAUGUUUGGUGGUAUGAUGGCUGGUGGGAAGGGGUCGUGAUCAAAAUUAAUGUAUCUGGAACUGAUCACCUGCAAAUUUACUUCCCUGGUGAAGACAGAUAUGUGACGGUUGAUAGAUCGCAUGUAAGGACAGCCAAAGAUUGGGUUCAUGGUUCAUGGGUUAAUGCAAAGACAAGGCCUGAUAUACUCUCCUGCAUCUCAGCGAAGUCAAAUUCACGCUUAUUGGAUUUUGCUAUGCCUCCUAUAUCAGAAGUUGUAGAAUUUGAAGAAGACAAACGAGAUGCACCUGUUGCAGCUACACAUGAAUCUGCUCUUACAAGUCUGGAGAUUAGCACGGGAUGCCAGAGCUGUUUCAACGAAAAGGACAAUUUUGAUAUUGAGGUUGGCAAGCAACUAGUCAAGGAUCUUGCAGGCUGUGAUGUAAAAAACUUUGCUGAAGAUGACAGGUUAAGCAUUGAAGAGGAUUUUGAAUUUGGCAGAUUACAAUAUGCACAAGUGCAGUCUGUGGAAGCCUCAGUCGGAUGAAGCAUUUAUUAUAAUGUGAUUGUGAGUAGCAUAAUUUUGUACAUAACAGAAAGAUGUAGGAGCUCGGAGGAUACUGAGGAUGGCUCGGAAAAUUUUUUAGGUACAGAUUAUUGAGGUGGUGUAUAUAGAAGGUGUAUUGACAGAAAUGGGUCUGGGUCAAGUACUUUGCUGAAAGAAAUUAAAACAGCCCAUUAUUUUGUUGCUCAUUAUACUUGUUUAUAAUGAAAAGGUUUUUAUGUUGAAA